AUGGACGACCUCGGCUUUUUCGACUCCGCACUCUCGGACACGGAAAUGGACGAGUUGUUGAAGUCCUGCAAGGAGGAGGCGGAGCAGAAGAAAAGGAAAGAAGCAAGUGCGACGGAGCACCAGAAGAAAAAAAAGCAGAAGAAGCAGAAGAAAGUCAAGGACACUGAGGAGACGGAUGCGAUUCCAGAGCAGGCAGUGCCGAGCACACCACCAACGUCCCCCGCGAAGGAGUCCAAAACCCCCACCUCGGAGGAGAAGAAGGAGGUGACACCCAGCAGCUUCACACCCAAAUGCCCGGCGAAUGGCCUUCCUCUGCACGCGGUGAGGAGACAAGCCGUGCAGACGAAGCUACAGCCGAAAGGCUUGAAAGCCAAGUAUCCCAGCCAAUGUGGGGUUGGAGCUUGCAGGCAUCGAAUUAUGAAAGAGCCGGAGUGGAACAAGAAGAAAGGCGUUUGGGUCGCGCGCUGUGCGAUGACAUGGGGAGCUUCGGGCAAUCGAAGCAGCUACCAUACAUGGUACUCGGAGAAUGAAGGAAAGUCCUGGGAGUUCACCACAACUCUUUACAAUUUGUUCAAGACGCCUCCCAAGGAGCAGAAGAAGGAUAGCCAGCCUAAGAUCCCAAAAGAGCGUGCGACGGCGGACCACUUGGCAGGCAGUCCAGAGCCAUCCACACCGUCUUGCAUCGUCGACACCUCGCACAACAAGCAGCCUGCCGCAGACCAGAAACUGGCAUCCCAGGCGAAACCAACUGGACUGACACCAGAAAAAUUUAUGCAGUACCUCAUGAAAGAGCUGGCCGGCUCACAGGCAAGAAAGAUUGCCCAGUUCUGCUGGGAAAGAAGCAAUCACGAUGGCGUGAUCUUUCGUCAAAGAGCUCGCCUCAUCGCGCAGACAGUCAGGGAGAACCUGGACAGGAAGCAUGAGGCGCUAGGAGUGCGCGACCUCGACGGCGCCAUGAAGUUUGUGAAGAAGGUCGUCGGCUGA